CCGCGAAUGCUUGUCAGUGCCUCUUACCAAGCAAUAUGCCUUCUCUCGAAAUCUCUACCAAUGUCGGUCCCAAGGAUCUCGACGCCUUUGUCAAGACUGUAUCAAAGAAAUUCUCGGAAGCCAUUGGCAAGCCUGAGAGUCUCUGCUUAAUCACCUUUAACCAAGUUCAACAUUUCUCCUUCGCCGGCUCAACUGACCCUGGCUUCAUCGCCCACGUUACAUCUAUUGGUAACAUUGACAACGAACGCAACGCUAACCUUAGCGCUAGCAUCUCUCAGUUUUUCCAAGAGGAGUUGAGCAUCCCUAACAACCGUGGAUAUUUCUUCUUCCACGACGCUAGAGGCGACGAUACCGGAUUCCAUGGAACUACCUACACCAACCUUGUAGCUGCCCGAAAGUAAGACCUAUAGCCAUUGCUAAGGACGUGUUUCAAUAAAUGAAUAGCUCUGAAAAUUCGUAUUUUGCUGAUAACUGGGCCUAGUUAUCCCCGCUCGUUGGGCUGAGGCGAAUUGGAUUUGUAAUGUGUGCAACGGACGUCUUGGGCGAAUAGGACCAAUCUUUCCUGCAAAGAAUGGGGAUACAUAGGUAUUCGGACUACGAGUGGGCUGCCGUAUUAUAAAUCAAAGGGCAGUGCUGGCUGCGACUGGUCAUCUUCUGUUUGUUCAUAGCUUUUGAUACUGGUUCAGCGGAUGCACGCGUCUUGUUGAA